CUAGUUUACGGAUUGGCGUGAGGGAAAAGAGUAUAAAACAGGCAGUUUUCUCAGGAUUAACAGAGAUACGUGCUUGCGUGAAAGACGAGCAAACGCCUGGUUUUAAAACACUGGACUUGUAGGACUUUGUGUUCCCGUAUAGUGAGGACUUACACUGAAUCAAAAUGAUUCUUUCAUUGCUUAUGUUCACAGCUGUCGUUCUAAAGGUCAACAGUAUGACCUUGGAUCCUGGAACGAAGAAGUUCUCUUACGGAGUCGAGGCAGAAAGACUAUGUAAAGCGUACAGGAAGGUGUGCCCAGUCUCCAAGGUCUGCGCCAUACAGCACUUGGUCUGGCCAAGGAAGAUGUCCUUCCCUGUCUGUGUGCAUCAACAGAAGAUCGAAGUGAAAUCCAAGGUCUGCGAGCUGGCCCCAGCACCGGGUUCAUGCGUUGCCCGCUUCAGAAGAUGGUACUUCAACGUGCACGCCGGAAAGUGUUCAUGGUUUACCUACGGCGGCUGCGACGGCAACAUGAACAACUUCCGGAACGAAGGAGAAUGCAAACGUGUCUGCCUUCACCACAACGCAUCGUCGGAAACCCCGGUAACGUCUAACGCCAUUGUAAGCGUCCCGGCAGACCCAGCGUUGAGGAAGCCGGCAGUCCUUCCCCAUCCUGCACCAAUACCACUACAGAUGAAAGCCAGCGAUGCCAGAGAAGCUUUUGAGCUGAGCACGAAAACGGAUGAGGAGGAACUGGAGAAGAAGAUGAGGAAGAGGGAGUAUAAACUGAGGAGGAAGCACAGGAAAGGGAGGAAGGGCAGGAAGGGCAGGAAGGGUAAGCGACGAAGGGGUCGCAAGCACAACAUCACCGGACCAUACGCUGAACUGAGGGUGAGGAAGACGAGCUACAGAUCGGAGAAGGCACAAAAUGACCAAGGAGAAGAGGACAAGCUGGCCAGGAUUAACCAGAAGAAGAAAAUCAGGAAAUACCGAAAGAGCAAGCCGUCAUUCUACAGGAACUUCAGGCUGUUCAGGAUCCUUGCAACUAAAGACAACCCCAUUGGCAUAUCUUUGACAUAAGGUGUGACAUUUCUUUUCGGACAUUGUGUCUAAAACUCUGUGCAAUGUGUCAAACUUUUUCCUUUCUUCACUCAAAGCAGAGAAAGUGAUCAAAUGUCAUUAGAAACAGUUCCCGUUUUUGUAGCAAUUCAUAGCGUCUAGUUCUGCAUCAACGUCACUGGUUCCUAUAAGGUGUAGUUGGGGACCCAUCUUCCUGAUGCAAGGGUAUAAACUGAUAUUAAAGGUCCAGUUUCCACCUUUGCCCAACGUAGUACUAGUUUCGCCUAAGGGGUGCCUUUGGAGUUCAUCGUUCCAUUCAGUGUAGCUAUAAUGACCCAAUGGCGAGCGAAAAAACGUAGGACUUAAUAAACACAAUAACAUGAGCAACAUUAUGAAAAAAAACCAACUUCUAUAUGCCGUCAGUUCUCUCUUAAGUGACGUAUGUAACUGCAGUGUUUUCGUUUUAAUUUUUGGUCUUCGUAACUCACAAAAGUGCGUUGUUGAUGUUUAGACAAGGAAUUGGAACAACGAAAUGUGAUCGGUCACUAAAUUUUAGAAGGGACUAAACUGGGAUGUUGGUUUAAUCAAAAUUUUGGACGCUUUUUGAAAAUGAACAAGGUUCUUGGUGUUUACAAAGCAGGCAAUUGUCAAAUAUUUUUAUUAGUUGAUGCACUGUAAUGUCUUUGACGUUUCAACAUUUAGGUCUGUAUUCACCAACAGUCUCUGUCCCGAGGCAUAUUUAAUGCCUGUGAUUCUUGUUGCAAAUUGUUUAAUGUCACAUUUUUGUAUUGCAACCUAUGAGACUAUACUGACAUGUAAAUAUUAACGAUGUGUAUAGUUAUCAAGUGGUAGGGUGUAAUUGGUUUUCAAACGAGUAACGGUCUCGUUAAAAUCAGAUCUUCCGGCUCGCUGCCGCGGAACAAACAUCUGAGGACAUGACGGGUGACGUCAGAGCGACGUUUCAUCCGACCAAUCAGAGCGUCGCUUACCAGAUCUGGAAAGUGACAGUCGGAAUGUGUGUUCUUAUCAUGCAACCUUAUGUUUUGUAAUCACGCGAGGUGUUCCAAACGAUAGUUACGGGUUAUACUACUGGUUCCGCCAAAAUCAUCAGAUUUUUUGUUUGCUUGGUUUUUAAACUUUGAAUUUAAAACUUUAAACAACUUUAAGAUUUAAAACAACUUUUGUAAGCGUAGUUUGGAAUGAAAGCGUAGUCUGUAGUCAGGUUGAAACAAGUGUAGCAAAGCUCGAGAUAGGCUGCUCUGAUUGGCUAAUGUCGACUUCUUGUUACAAUAAUUUCAUUGGUCGGUCAAGUUCAAGUGAUCUGCUAUGUGAUGUCCUCAGAUGUUUCGGCAGCAGUAGCGAUUACAAAGAUCUGAUUUUAAUGACAUUGAGCGACAAACAAUUACAUCCUAUAGUUGUGAGUAGGAUCCGUAUGUAAAACUGUAUAUAGUUGUUUAUUGUACAUGAAUGUGUUCAGAUUUCUACAUAGCAACCACUAUGUGAUGAGGAUCCCUAUUCAGGGCCAUGCUAUUUUUUCGUCAUGCCCUAUACGUUAUAAAACUGUGUUGAAAGUGUUGAUUAUACUGUUUAAAAUUACUUAUUUACUUUUGGUUUCAGUGACAAAUAUUAUAACAAUUUUUGACCUUGAUAAAAAAAUAUUUAUUCAAAUUCCUCAACUGAAAUACUGCAGUAUAUAUGUAUAUAUGUAUACUCAUCAAUCAAGGAUGUUGAAUUCGUAAUAUGAUUAUUGAUGUAAUCGGUUGUGUUGUCAUAUAAAGCAUAAGAAACCGAAAAUCCAUGGUUAAUGUUCCGAAAUAGGUUACGACUCAGUCAGUACGUCGUGGACUUACACACGACUGAAGACUGGUCUUGGCGUGUUUGUAGUGUCCGUGAAAGUUGUCAUUUGCUAUUAAUGCAGUCUGACAAGAAGAUGAUAUAUAUUCCACGUGUACAUAUACCCCACCCCCACCCCCCACCCCACCCCACCCCCUUUUUCUUCUGGCCGUUUAAAAGCUGAAAACGAAGCUGAAACGUAUUGUAAUAGUCAAGAAUAGCAGUCUUUCUGCAGCCUUUUCCUUUUGUUUGAGACCGUUUGGUAUGUUGAGUGUACUUACGACUAUGCCUGAGAAUAACCAGUCCUGAUUACCUGGCAAAAUAGUGAUUAAAAGUAUAUAAGUGGAUCACUGACAGUCAGUGAUGACACCAAGUGUUCCUUAAUGAAACAAAUAUAAGUUAGAUACAUUAAAAAAUCCAUUUUCAAUAUCAGCAUAAUUUUCUUUUUUUCGAACAUUUCAUGAAAAAUCAAUAUAAUUUUUUUAAUUUUCGAACAUUUGCCCUCCAAUUUUUUAUUUGUAAUAAAGUCAUAAUGUCUUAGCUGCAAUAUAAACUAAAUAAGUGAAGUAAAUGUAUUAAAGCUAAAAUCCCUAGUCUUAUAAUGCAUAUUUCAUUAUCGUAUCUGGUGGAUAUGCAGUGAAACCUUCUUAUUCCCGAAACUCUUUUAUCCGAACUAUUGUUACCACCUGUAAUAGAAGGAACAUUAAGAUGUCCAAUGAUUCGUUUAUCCGUACAUGUACUCAUCCAGACAAUAUACUGGACAUGAUUGUGUCCGGAUUACCGAGGUUUCACUGUAUCUGCUUUCUGUGGACACGUAUAACGGACAUGGGUAAUAUAAUACAUGCAGUAAGCAUGCAUGUCACGUAUUUGUUAUUGUUCCCCUUGAUUCUCCACCUUGUACAUACUGUUUUAUUUCUGAGACUUAUUAAUUAUGUAUGUAAAUAGAAUUCCAUUUGUAUUGUUAAGACAUUCAUAGAUAUCAAUGUCACAUGUGCGGCCCACGUGUUUCAAGCAAGGAACACAAUACAAACACCUUGUCCCUGGAGGUUUUCCGUGUGUGGUUGUAAGGAAACGUCACUUUCCACUGAGUUCGGCUAACUCACAUUGUAGGAGAACAUGCCAAUCGUUAUAUCCUUAAAUGCUAAAAAAUAACGAACUUAACGAAAAUAUAAAAACAGAGCGUUUACUGAGUCUAAAACGGGUUUUUUCCCCGACUGGAAAUCCUGUAUGUUUGAGUAAUGUGAAUGCUGUGCAGUAAUGUGUAACAAGCGUGGCAUAUUUAUAAAGUCGAUUAUGAAAGACCCGUUUUAGACAUUUGUUUUCAAUCCUUAAAACGAUUUGUACAUAUUCUCUGUAUAAUAAUACUUGUAUUAUUGCAUAAUAUUUUGUACAUUUGUAUACUCGUCGAAUAAAUAUAUAAUCGAU